AUGUCCAAAUCAGAACUAGAAAGAAAAACCUCAUCGGAAGAGAAGGAAGAACAAAUUCCACAACAACUGCCUUCCGAACAAUCCAUUACGACUGAACCCAGUCUGUCAAGUCCCAUGGAAGCUAGUCCACAAAGAACAGUAAAUGAUGAAAACCAUUUAGCAGUCGAAGUCCCAAAGUAUGAUGAGAACUCACAUUCGGACUCAGAGUCCGAAAUGACAUAUUCCAGUGGAUACGAUAGCGGAAAGUAUAACGAGUGUGCGAUUGAAGAAUCCCAAAGUAACAUAGAAGGUUAUGACAGUUCAAUUAGGUCCACAAAACGAUCGGCGACAAUAUCAGAUUUCCAUGGUUUUGCUUCAGGAACAGUUGAUGAAGAUGACGACGAUGACGACGAUGAUGAAAAUAGACUGAGGGUUCUGCCCCGAUUGACUAAAGUGAAAGCUUUCAAAGUUACCAGAUCAAGAUCACUAAAUCAUUUUUCAUUAGCUCCUACAAUCCUAAGAAGAGUUGGGGAACCAGAAGUUCCUCAAACAGACUCCACUACUAAUACAAAAGAGAUCCACAAACCAUACAUCAAAAAUACAAUCGAUGAUCAUAAUGCAGAACCCCCCACAUCAGAUAUGACUAGCUCAGUUGAUCAUUCACUUCCAAAUUACUACUUAAAUUCAGCACCAAGUGGUAUUAAUGGAACAUUGUUCUCAAGCUCAGCUCCCAACUCUACAGCAAAGGAAGCACCAACCACUUCAAAUGAUGCUAAAGUUACAAAAUCAAGAAAUUCAACUGUAAUCUUUACUAAGAAAAGAUCCACUGAUUCAGAUUUUCAUCUAAAUGAGAUAUCCCCCAUUUCAAAUGAGGGUACUUCGCGUUUAAUGAAGGGAGUUUUUGAUAAGGUUAUUAAAGAAGAGGAUGAAAAUACCCAAAACACUAUGAGGAGCACUAGAAGUCAUAGUCAAUCUACUGUUUUACAUCCUUCUUUUUCUGGAAGGAUUACCAAGUCAAUCUUCCAUGAGGAAUUACAGGAUACAUUGAAGAAAGGUGAUGUGACAAUCAGCAAGAAUUCUAGUUCUAGUUCUGAUGAUAAAAAAGCAUCACCACCAGGAUCUUCCGCUUCCUCCAAACUUAAACAACCAUUUUUUGAUAGAAAACGGUCAUUUGCAGUUUUUAUUGUUUUAGUUGGGUUAGUUUUAGUAUUACUUGGAGGUUUUAUCCCGGCAAUCGUUGUCUUAUCCAGAGGUACAAAAUUUGCAGUUAAUAAAUACUUCUCAAAUCCAAGCAACUUGCCCUUAUUGAGUGAAUUAUCAGAAAAAUAUUUACCAAAGCCUCCAAAAAAUCGUCCUGAAGCUUUCAUUCCCAGAAUCAAUUCGGCAGAAGGUUUAAAUGAUGCCAUCAAAACUGACAAAGAAGUCUUAAAUCUCAUGAAUAUGGUUUCCAAUGUGUUAUUCCAUGGAAUAACUUACUCACCUCGUGGUUCAUUGGAAUCAGAAUGUGGUUUUAACAGAAGGGAUGCUAUGUUGGAUUUAGCAAAAUUAUCUACAGUCACUACAAGGAUUAGAACCUAUGGAACGCAAUGUAAUCAAACAGAAAUACUUUUGGAUGCUAUUCAACAUAUGAAUCUUAAUAUGACCAUAGCUAUGGGUGUUUGGAUUGGUGCUGAUAAUAAAGCAAAUAAACAACAAAUGGAUACCAUGAAGAAAAUAAUUGCAAGACUUGCUGAUCCACUGAGAUUAAUAAAUUCCAUCUAUAUUGGAAAUGAAGUAUUAUUUAGACAAGACAAAUCUAAACAUGAAUUGAUUGACUAUAUAAAAGAUGCCAAAGAUUUUCUUAAAAUGUUACAUAUUGAGGAUAUUCCUGUUGGAACUGCUGAAGUUGGGUCACUUAUAGAUAUGGAGCUUGUUGAAGUAUGUGAUGUUGUGGGUGCCAAUAUUCAUCCAUUUUUCGGUGGUAUUUCAGUAGAAGAGGCACCUGCUUGGGUAUGGCAAUUUUUGAAUUAUCAACUUGAUCCAAUGAGUAGACCAGUUUCAACACCAAUUGUUAUUACUGAAGUUGGAUGGCCAAGUGGUGGUGGUCGAUAUGGCAAAGCAGUCGCUAGUAAGGCUUCAUUGCAGUUUUUCAUAAGUGAUUUCUUGUGCAAUUUCAGAGAUAGAGGAAUAGAAUAUUAUUUCUUUGAAGCUUUUGAUGAACCUUGGAAAGAGGUUUUCAAUGAACGUGAUCAAAAUUGGGAACCACAAUGGGGUGUAUUCAAUGCUGACAGACUGAAUAAAUUUCCCAUGCAAAAUAUUGGUUGUUUAUAA